UCCAGUUGUCAGUCACCAGUAGCCAGUGGCGAUUUUAUUGCCGAAGAAACACUGGGACGUCUUCAGUUUAAUGUAAAAACGGCGUACAUGAGCGCGCCUGGCGCCAUGUCUAGGCCUCCCGCACGAACCCUUUUCGGGAGGCCGCGAGCCACGAACCGUGACCAACAGUGGGCAAUGGGCAUAAGAUCGUACGCGUUAGAUUUAUUAAAAGAUACUUUACCGCGUGUGAGAACGUCGACGCUCAUGCGCAAUAUACCCGGUACCCGGCUCCCCUCUUGGCCCCUCUGGGGGGGGGGGGGAUCACUGGAUUCUACUCUUCACUGGGUCAAUAGGGUCAUUUUCGCACUAAAAUGCACAGAUCAAUCGAAUUUGACGUCGUGCGUCAGACGCGCGGAUCUGACGGGUCAUCCGCGAAUCACCCCCGGAACGAAGAUGGGGACUGGGGAGACGGGGGAGUCGGGGGCCACCCUAUGCUAUCACACUUUUCCGGUGACGGCGGUGACGCUGUCGGUAGUGCCGGUGGCGUAUCGUCCUCAGGUUCUCUCCGCGCAAGCUCCGUUCCUCAGGAGGGCUAUUGAUCCACGCCGACGCGACGAUCGGACGGUAGCACGGUAG